UUUGUGCGCCUCCGAUAGAGUUUGAUUCGCGUAGUGCGAAAGAUGGCCGAUGCGCGGCGCUGGAUGCGCAGUGACGCUGCGCGCCGAUGGCGCCGGCUAGGAGCGGGACCGUUAGUCGCUGAGGGACCACGUACGGUGGCGGUUGUGAGUUUGUCGCGAGAGAAAGAGAACGUGCAAUAGGACGAACGAGAAGCUAAAGGAACACAGACAGGGCAGAGAAGAUAGAGAGAGAGAGAGAGAGAGAGCGAGAGAGAAAGAGAGAAAAAGAAGCAGAGAUUUUUACUAGCCGUAACCGUACACGGGCGUACUUGCCGUGGUCACACCGAGUUCGCGGGUCCCGCUCGAUCGUGUGCGCGUCGAAGAGUUUUAACCUCCGUCGUUCGAUUAUCGUGCGUCGUCUCGGUCGGUUCUGGUGCGUGUGGGUCGGCGCGCGCGCGCCUGUGUCCGUGUGUGCGUGAAAAACACCGCACCGUCUCUCGUUACGCGUUUGCCUCUGUGUGUGAACGUACGUCGGUAGCACAUACACAUACGUACCAUACGUGCGUCGAAAAGAGAGUAGCCGGGUCUCGCGUACACAGUGUGAGCACGAAAGUAAGAGAGAAAGAGUACGCGAGAAGGUACAACCAGGUAAGAAGAGGAGGAGGAGCGCGGCGAGGAGGGCGAGGAGGAGGAGGAGGAGGUAACGGAGUGUUGGAUUUGUUUUCUCGCACAACGGUGGAGCAAAACGGCCUCAAACUGUGGGGCUCUGGGGCGUUUUUUCUUCCUCCACAAGGGAUGUACUACCCCCACAUGGUGCAGACAGGCAUGGCUGCGCCCUACGGUGGGGGUGUCUUCCCCCCGCCGGUGAACGGCGUAGCGGGUGUCGUUGGGGCGGCUGGCGCGGCCGGUGAGGUGAAACCACCACCCCCGGUGCCAGUGAAGGAGGAUAACAGCGGUGCACCCCAACAGCCGCCACCAAGCGGACCCCAAGUCCCACCACCGGCUGGUGCCCCACAUCCAACCGCCCCCGGUGCCCCGACCGCGGCUAGCUUCAGUCCGCCUCCGCCUCCAAACGGCGUCGAUCAACAGGCUAUUUCGGAGGUGUUUCAGGCAGCAGUGGCGGCCGCGGCAGCUGCAGCUGCAGGAGGUGGUGGCCAACAACCAGCAUCCACGCCUGCUGGCAACGAGACCAACCCUGAGGGUGCCGUCGAAGGCAGCACCCUAGUACCUGUCACUUCAGGUGCAACCACACCUGCAACCGCGACACAGGGUUCCGAUCUGAAAGGUCAACCAAAACGCCUUCACGUCAGCAAUAUACCCUUCCGUUUCCGAGACCCUGAUCUCAGGGCAAUGUUCGGGCAAUUCGGGCCGAUCCUCGACGUGGAAAUCAUAUUUAACGAAAGGGGAAGCAAGGUGAAUAACGCGACAGCGAGGGUGCAGACGAAGAAACCACCGACGGUACCCAACGUGUGCGUGCAGUGGCCAGAGGGUAGGUGCUUCCACGACGUGCCGGAAUCGGCACUGCUGAAUCUCUACUUCGAGAUCCGUGAGAAUUGCCACGGGUUCUCCUGAAGGCGAUGCCAAGAGUACGGCAACGACGGUGAUCACGGCCAAACGAAACAGAGACGAUCAACGAAACUCAUCGUCGCCGAGCUACAAUCGUGCUCGCAGUAUCGCGACAGACAGUGAAAAAUCUUCACAAAAAGUUUCACAAUUUUCGUUUGUUUCUUCCCCCAACAGCCGCCAACACACCACGACCAAGCCAACAUAGAAAAGAAAAGAAAAGAAAUCAAAAUGCAAAAACGAAAGAAAGACAGCCACGAGAGUAUCUAGGGACUGGUUCUCCCUCCGAACAGGAGAGAACAGUCUGACAAUCUUCGUGAUUCACGAUCUUUACUAUAUAUAUAUAUAUACUUUUUCUUAUUUUUUUUUUUUUUUUCGAUCUCCAAGCUUUUUUUUCUCUCAUCAACUUCGCUGGACACAGCGUGAAUCAGCGAGCGUUGAUUGCUCUAAAAGAUCACAUUAAGUGCCGUUCUACGGAGUCGAGUUAAAAAAAAGCAAGCUUCACGAAUGAAUUUUGCAAGUUUUGAGAUCUUGUAGGUCACUCGGCUUUUAUUCGAGGCACGACAGUCUCGCGUGAAAACGACACGAUUUUUUCUCGUUUUCGCGCGUAAAGCCACAGGUCUAGCACUGGCCCUUAGAUGGUCCCCGCGACAAAACGCCCCCCCCAACCCCCCCCCCCCCCCCGAAAACAUGCUCUGUUUGACCCUCUUUUUUUAGGGUUCUCGAUGAUUCCAGCAGAAGCAAGGUGGGUGUACAGACUUUAUUUACCUACAACUAAUUGCUCGUCGUUCAACCAGCUCGCGAACUACUGUCUUAUAUAUAUAUACACACACUCUUACCUAUCGAAGUGUAAUAUUGUAUUUUUAUCUCACGUAAAACUUUUUUCUUUUUUUUUUUUUUCUUCUUUUUUUUUGAAUCUUUUGGUUAAUUUCAAAUAUCUCUUCUUUCUUGUCACUCGUCUUCCCUGGCCCCUGUGUACGAGGGAGAGUACUCGUGCUCAGUACAUAACCAAGACCCUGAUCCCACGUCUUUCGUUUCUUUAUACACGUGUGUAUAGACACGCGCGUAAGCAAACGUGAAACUGUUUGCUGAAACGUGAAACGAGUAGUUCAUUGUCUAUUCCCAAGCUAGCUCUAAAAGACGAAACUUUUUUCGGAGAGGGAGGAAAAUUUACGCUCGUCGUGGACGUCUCUGAAAAAAUGUUGAACGUCAGAACCGCCAAAAUGGUCAGUAAUUGUUUUUUUGUAAAAUGUAGAAACAGAUUUUCUGGAAGAAAAUCUUUCCUAGAACACGCAACUAUGCUAAUUCCGACACAUCUAACUUUGUCGAAGAUUUUUACACAUCAAUUGAACUUCCGAAUGAAUAUCUUGCAAGUUGAACUUCCUUUAUAUUCUUUGAACCAAAGCUUUUAAACCGUUCUCGAAAAAGAAGAAGAAAGACUAUGCUUAGAUUUAGAUUGUAUUUCACAGUAUUUCCGAAUUUUCAAAAUGGCCACGCACGAACGUAUCCGAAGUAGCUUCUAACUCUAUCGAAGAGUAAAUUUUUCUAAAAAGGAAAGAGAAAGAACUAGAAAUUCUUGUUGCACCUUGUCGGUUCACCACGAGACGUAUCUUUUGCUCCUGCUAUCUCGAACGAGGUUUUUAUGUUUUCUUGUCGGGCACGAGAAACUUGCUGUUUUGAAAAGGCCACGUGGGUAGCGUCUAUCGGUCAGUGGUAGGCCAACCCUAGACAGAGCGAGCCUCUGCCCCUUCUGGAUCGACGUAUCGAUCAUUCCUAAUCGCGACUGAACUGAUUUGAUGCCGCGCGAGUAUAAACUUCAGCGAGUAUAAAUACCGUAAAAUGUCUGUAAAAACGCUCUGUCCACGUAUGAGAGAAGAUCGAUCUAUUAUAUUCGAAGAGAACGGAUCGAGACUCGCUGAUGUUGCGCUCGCGCGAGUUCUCGAUUAGAUCGUAAGAUUAGCGUUAGUCAUGGAACCACAGGGUAUUCGAAACUAUUUUUACGUACAUUCCAAGAGAAAAGGAGAUCGGUGAAACGUUUGCUUGUUUCAACGUAGCGUACGACACUCGAGCCGUUUCAUCCGGUUUUUCUUUUGACACGAGUCGAUACAGGGUAUUAUUUCUAGUGAUCUAGUAAACGUAAAUUACCUUAUUAUUGUGACGUCUGUUCCGAGGACACGACAACGAUACAUUCCGUAAAAUAAUCCAUUAUAACGAUCGUCAACGUGCUGCCUACAUAGCCAUUGUAUCUUUUACCAUCGUUUCGAGAAAAAGAAUUCGUCGACGAUCUGGAUGGCCUUAAUGAGUUCCUAAUUGCCGCAACACGGUGUAAUUAAUCUGUUUUAUAUUGUUCCAUUUCUUUUUUUGUUUCUUUUUUAAUGGAAACGACAACAAUAUGGCAAAGAAAAAGGAACGCUAGAACUAUCGAUCUGUCCAUUGAUGAAAGAUAAAGUUAUCUUUGCGUUUCAUUCGGAUGACAAGAAUGUCAUCAAUAUCUCUGUUUCAAUUAUUAAAAAAGAAAAAAAGUAAGUAGAAUGAUAAUUAGAACCUUAGAAUUAAAAAGAUAAUUAGAACUAAAGAACCUUAUUUAGAAGCAGAAGAACUUUAUUAGAUCGUUAUUUUACGAGAGACUGAAAUGUAACAGUUCUUCGUUUCAUCUCCACUUGUCAGAGAUGAAUUACACUACUUACAAAAAUUACACGGUGAAAUAUGAACUUAUCAGAAACAAUUCUAAAGUCUCUGCCAAGCUUGCAAAGUUUCUCUGACUUGGCCAAAUUUUAGUACAAAUGAAAUGCAGAAGCUCACGAAAAUUCUCCUACAAGCUUAGAAAAUUCUUCGACCAUUAAAUUAUGAGGGACGAGGACGUGCAAAAGCUUUCAAGCUUCAAGAAGAAUCCCAAUCACGGAGAAUAUAAGAAAUGUAGAAUUUUCUCUCGAAUCAAUCAUAACAAAUGAAAUGAGGUAUUAAAAUAUCCAGACACGCACGAGAAGAGCGAUAGUUCUAGUGUGAAACGUAUACAGCUACAAAGCCAAAGGUUAUCGGCGUAACAACUUAAACGAUACAUCUAGCUCAGCCAGACAGACUCGCGAAUGUAAACACGGUCAGAUUCUCUCUCGACACGCAGAGCACGUUGGAAGAUCGCGACUUCCAGGUGUCUGCGAGGGGAAACGCGAAUUAAUUUUUCAAACAGUGCUCGCCGAAUCGGACAAGAAUGUGUAACGUGCACCCUCGAAGAAGGUAAAAGUGGCGCAUCGUCGCGUCUCUGUGACGUUUUUCGUAACUAGAAUCUCGCCGUCGCUUUCCCCUUUCGCGAAGCUGCGCCAUUUUCGAUCGUUUUCACUCGCGCGUCUCGACUCGGAAAA